AUGUCACACAAACGGCCUGCUGAAGGGUCCUCGCGCUCUCAACCUUCAAAACGGCCAAAGAGAGCCGCAAAUCGGGAUGAAUAUUUCGAAAUUCAAGACGAAGACGAUGUAAUACCUCCUUCACCACCCGACGACAAUUCCCUCAUCCCUCGAAAUGCCACGAUCAACUUCAGCGCUCUCACACGCAAGCUAGCAGAAGCAAAACGUGCAGAAGACUUUGCAACAUCAGAUAAGUCGCCAUUAGAGAUUCAUCGACUGCAGCAAAGCAAUCUUGUCUCGCACAUUUUCAUGGACCAAGAUUUCUCUUUCAUGCACCUUAAACCCGACCAUGCAUCUCGCCCACUCUGGAUUAGUCCAGAUGACGGUCUCAUCAUCCUCGAAGCCUUUUCUCCCAUUGCUGAACAAGCCCAAGAUUUCUUGACAGCGAUUAGCGAACCUGUCAGUAGACCGGCCUUUAUUCAUGAGUACAAACUUACCUCCUACUCUCUGUACGCCGCCGUAUCCGUUGGCCUUCAAACGGAAGAUAUAAUUGAAGUCCGUGCGCUUUCGCACUCUGCUCACUCAUGUGCUAACGUCCCUGUUCCCGACCCCAUCAUAUCACAUAUACGGAAAUGCACUGAGACCUAUGGCAAAGUCAAGCUUGUCCUAAAACAUAACAAGUACUUUGUUGAGUCUAGUCAUCCGGACAUCCUACAAAAGUUGCUGCGCGAUGCUGUGAUCCAGGACGCGCGUGUAAUAUCCGUUCAGACUGACAAUAGUAUCAAGGGUAAUACCUUCACCACGUCCAAGGCCCCAGUGAAAGGCAACCUGGUAAUUCCAGGGACGAACAAAGAGGUUGACAAGAGUAACGACGGUGUAGCCAAAGGGAAACGUGAUAAUGCGGAUCUCUUCACUUCGGUUGUUGGUGUCGAAGGAGAUGAAAUUGACGAGGACGAUGAUAACGUACACUCAUUUGAGAUUAAUGACGCCAAAAUUGACGACGUCAAGAAGAGGUGUAACGAGCUCAACAGUCCCAUGUUAGAAGAAUACGACUUCAGAAACGAUACCAUCAAUGCCAAUUUAGACAUCGACCUGAAACCGGCCACUGUUAUUCGACCAUAUCAGGAGACCAGUUUGAGCAAAAUGUUUGGAAAUGGUCGUGCUCGUUCUGGAAUUAUCGUCCUUCCAUGCGGUGCGGGAAAGACUUUGGUCGGGAUUACCGCCGCAUGCACAAUCAAGAAAUCCUGUCUAGUACUCUGCACCUCAUCUGUCUCCGUCUAUCAAUGGAGAGCCCAGUUCCUGCAAUGGUCAAACAUCACCGACCGCCAAGUAGCUGUCUUCACCGCCGACCAAAAAGAGAAAUUCGCCGGCGAAAGUGGUAUCGUCGUCUCUACAUACUCCAUGGUGGCUAACACCCACAACCGAUCCCACGAGUCAAAGAAGAUGAUGGAGUUUUUGACCUCGAGAGAGUGGGGGUUCUUGCUGUUGGACGAGGUACAUGUCGUUCCUGCGGCGAUGUUCCGUCGAGUGGUGACUACUAUCAAGGCGCAUUCGAAGCUUGGGCUUACGGCGACAUUGGUUCGUGAAGAUGACAAAAUCGCGGAUUUGAACUACAUGAUCGGGCCUAAGCUUUACGAAGCGAAUUGGAUGGAUCUUGCUGCCAAAGGCCACAUUGCGAACGUCCAGUGCGCCGAGGUUUGGUGUAGUAUGACGCCGGAAUUCUACCACGAAUAUCUGCGCGAACAGUCUCGGAAACGUGCCUUACUGUACUGCAUGAACCCAAAUAAAUUUCAAGCAUGUCAAUAUCUAAUUAACUAUCACGAAGAACGAGGGGAUAAGAUCAUUGUUUUUUCGGAUAACGUGUUUGCUUUGGAGGCAUAUGCGAAAAAGUUGGGAAAACCUUACAUCCACGGAGGUACGGGGCAGACGGAACGCAUGCGAGUUUUACAGCACUUCCAGCACGAUCCAGCCGUCAGCACAAUAUUUUUAUCAAAGGUCGGAGAUACCUCUAUCGACUUACCAGAAGCGACAUGCCUCAUCCAAAUUUCGUCCCACUUUGGUUCUCGACGACAGGAAGCCCAACGUUUAGGUCGUAUUCUUCGAGCCAAACGUCGUAAUGAUGAAGGUUUCAACGCCUUCUUCUACUCUCUCGUAUCCAAAGACACCCAAGAAAUGUUCUACUCUACCAAACGCCAACAAUUCCUCAUCGAUCAAGGAUACGCGUUCAAAGUUAUUACAAGUCUCGACGGGCAAAAAGAUUUCCCCGGCCUCGUUUAUCGAACUCGGGAAGAACAAAUUGAGCUUUUGCAAUCAGUGCUCAUCGCCAACGAGGCUGACGCAGAACCUGGUUCGGACGUGCGUGCGUCUGAGGGCGACUUGGCUGGGACGAUAACAUCGAAGGACUUUGGUCAGCCUUCGAGGUUCCCUGGGGCACAGAGAAUGACGAGCUCGUUGACAUCUUUGAGUGGGGCGCAGCAUAUGUCGUAUAUCGAGCAGAAUAAGUCGAUGAACAAGACAUUGGCGAAAUCGGCGGCGGGUUCUGCGAGUAGGCAUAAACUAUUCCAGAAGAGAGACCGGGAUAAGACUGCUGCGAGAAAGGAAGCUAAGAAGGCUGCGUAG